AUGGAAGGUGAAGAAGUUGUUCGUAAUCCCGGCCCUGAGGCCGUUGAUAUAAAGACCGAAAGUACUAUUGAAUUCAGUCCCGUUAUUGAGUCAAAUGGAGUAGACAUGGAAUCAGAAACGAAUAUGGAACAACCUCCAUUGAAGAAACCGAAACUGGAAGGAGAGUCCGGAAUCAAAUCUUCAGAACCUAUAUACGAGAUGGUAGGAGGCUCGACAUUACGACAGUAUUUGAAUAAACACCUUACGGAACAUUUACUUGAGGGUAUAAGGAUAAUUAGUAAGGAGAAACCUGUCAAUCCACUUAAACGACUUGGAGAAUAUUUGAUAGAAGUUUCUGAAAAGCAGUAG